UAUCACCAUCACAGCUCCAUGUGUCGUAGUGUAACUAACGGAAUACAAUUUAUAUUUGUUCCCUUUUCCCAAGCGUCUCAUUGCGUGUACACCAAAAGCGAUGUGCUUUCGGUAUCGCGAGUGUCCGUGGACGUGGGACGUAUUCGUCUAAACGAAACAAGCAACUAUACGCAAACACACGCCGUGCGUCAGAUAAUAGUGCAUCCGAGGUUUAGCCAACACAGCAUCAUCAACGACAUUGCGCUGAUCAAGCUGAGCACGAACGUCACGAUGAGCAAGUACGUGCAGCCGGUCUGUCUGUGGACCAUGGACAGCAAUCAGACGUUGAUCGUGGGAAGAAGCGGUACCAUCGUUGGAUUCGGGCUGAACGAACGGGACGUUGUGUCCGAUCAGCUCAAACAGGCAUUGGUAGGCGUGCAGGAUGCGUUGACGUGCAUUGCAAGCGAUCGGGAUGUGUUCGGAACUCACCUGACAACGGACAUGUUCUGUGGUAUGGGCCAGAAUGGAGCCAGCGCGUGCAAUGGAGAUAGCGGUGGGGGAAUGUUCUUCGAAGUUGGUGGGAAAUGGUACGUCAGAGGCCUGGUGUCUUUCACGCCCCUAAAUGCCAACACCAAACCGUGCGAUCCGCGUAAGAACACCGCUUAUACUGACGUGGCAAAAUACUUGGAUUGGAUUAAACAGUACAUUGAUCAGCGUGUGCUUUCGUUCGAGAAUGAUGUGCUGCAUGUAGACUACGAGGAAAAGCUAAGGCUGUUCAACUUUGAAACGUGCGGUCUGAAAUCAUAUUCGACAGGUAACAAUGUUUCGAGUUGGACACUGCCAUGGCUUGGGUUUGUCAAAACUCCGAACACCGUGGUUCCUAGAUGUACCAUUACGCUCAUUAGCGAUUCUUAUGCGGUUGGAUCUGCGCAUUGUUUAGAUAACGUCGGUUCCGAGGCGUUUAUCGUGCUCGGUAGCUUGUCAGAAUAUUCGAAAGAGGAAUGCUUCGUUCUCAAUGGGACGACCAUAUGUACUCAUGCUGCACAAGUACGCGGAAUGCAACGAAUCAUACUACACCCAAAGUUUGACAGGAACACAUAUGCUAACAACAUCGCACUGAUCGAGUUGCUGAGCCCAGCAGACACUACACAGUCUUAUGUGCAGCCUAUCUGUAUCCCCGUAACGUCUGAGCUUCGGUCGAACGCCAAGACUAACUUGCACGUAGCUGCAUUCUUGAAAGAUGAGCAGACGUAUACAACUUUACUCGUGAGGUACAUCGAGUCUAUCGAUUGUGUCAGACGGUACUCCGAACGACAAAUUAGGCUUAAUCUCGAUAGCAACCAGUUCUGUGCAGAAAUUGUGAACAUGCUGGAAGAACAAUAUUGCAUUCCUCUCAACAAUAUUGCAAUGCCUGCGGGAGUACCGCUCCAGGAAAAAAAGAUAUUUAAUGGCACGGAGCGAUACUUUCUGCGGGGAGUUGAGUUCCAUGGAUCAGACUGUGAAUCAGUGGUACCGUCCAUUUAUAAUGAUGUGGAAGCUUAUCUCGACUGGAUACUGUACAACAUGAGGUACAGCAUGCUAGAAACGACGGGUGAUGCUAGAAUUUUUACAACCAACCAACCACUUGAGUCAAAAUGGAGCGAGUUACGGCAGCUGCCGGGAAAGGAAAAGUUGCGUUUAUUCAAUAUGGACACCUGUGGGUUAACCAACAUAGGUGCUGAUAUCAUUCCACAGUUGACGUUCAUUCCUUGGCACGGGAUAUUAUGGGAUAGUGAAAGUGUUACUCGUUUGACCUUGUUGGAACGUAGUACCGUCGUACUUAUAAGUGAAUGGUAUGCGUUGGCCCCGAAGUUCAUUGCGCAAAACGAUGCAUACUGGCGAAUAGUUAUUCUAGGACUGCAACCCCAUACUCUCACCAACUGUACCCCUAGCACAUGCGAACAAACAUACCAACUGCUGGAAAUCAAGAAUAUUAUCCUCCCAUCUCCAAUCAACAAUUCGAGACAGAUGUUUGCAUUGUUGGAGUUUGUCGAGCCCGCUAAUCUAAACAUUCCAUACAUCAGACCGAUCUGUUUGCCCUUCAUGGAUCAUUUGUAUCAACAUGAACCCUCACAUAUGAUUAUGUCGUCUUAUUACAAUAACGUCCUAAGCAAAAGGAUAGCAUUGAUUGACACUCCGACCUGCCAGCAACGAUUUCUGGUUGAGAGAUUUUACUUGGAGUUUAACAAUCUAACUGUGGAGUGUGCAGUCGAGGAGGAAAUGUUCAGACAAAUGCCUUUACCUGCCACCUUGGGCAGUCUGUUACAGAUGCCGGUACGGCAUGGAGGACAAACACAAUAUUUUUUGUACGCAAUUAAUACGGUAUAUCCGGCUAAGUUCGAUUUCUUGAUCUAUGGUCCGUAUCUCUUCACGCGGUUUGAGAUGGGCAACAUUGAGUGGAUCUUAGAGAAUAUGGAGGAAAAAGUUCGCCAAACUUCAUUCCUCACUACGACAGGGAAUAAACGUGUGAAUUUGAAACCAGUUCAGCAUGCAUCUAGCCAAGCUUUGUUCGACUUCAACACGUGCGGUGAACCAUCUCCCAGCCAGCAAACACCAUGGACGGGAAGCGUCUACUACGAUACGUUGGAAUUCGAUGGGAGAAGCUGUUUGGUAACACUAAUAAGCGAGUGGUACGCUGUUGGUCCUGCAUCUUGUUUCGAUAAUUCUAGCGCUCAGUUCAUUAUAGUAUUUGGAAUUUUUGGGAAGGCUAUCGAGAUAGAGUGUGAUAUGACGAAUAACACUGAAUUAUGCAAUGUUUCUACUCAAAGUGUUACAGUCCAGAAGGUAUUCAAUCACCCACUCUAUAAUGGAACCAGAAACCAUGAUAUUGCGUUGGUUAAGCUUGCCACUCGUGUGGAUACAAGUCGUCCGAAUGUGAAACCCAUUUGUUUACCGAUCACUGACGCAAUUCGCAGCUAUGAUGUAUCAAACCUUGUCAUGCGUAAUUCUAGUUUCGAACUUACCAAAGUGGAUGAUAGAUACGUUGACACAGAGGAAUGUCAGAAACGAUGGCAAGGUUUGAAGGUGAGGUUUGCCGUAGAUGGAUCGAAGCAUUGUGUGAUCCAACAACGAACGAUGGAAGAAACAUGUAUCAUUAUAAAUGCUGGUGACUCGCUGCAAUCACUUCAAACAAUGGCAUCAGGUGACAGACACUUUUUGCGCGGAUUUGCAAUCGCUAGGCCAUCACAUUGUAGCAAAUACUUUCCCAUAGUUUACACUAAUACAGAUGUUUAUUUGGACUGGAUGUUGAAAAUUAUGGAGCAGCCUGCUGAUCUACCGUUCGAUUUGCGAGACAUACUUAUUUUUAACAAAAAGUGAUCAGUGUAUUUUUUAUUUUGUUCUUUUUCAAGGAGCCAUACAAUGCGGCUUUUAAA